GCCAGUUUAAACUAGUUCACAGCUUUUAUAAGGUGUGGGAUGAGUGGGAUCCUGUGAGUGCCAGAGGGAACCCAGGCCUGUGGCUGCCAGUGCCGGUGGCCAUGCGAGCCCACAUGCCCGGGGUGGGUGGCACAGCUCUCCAGGAGGCAGGGACCUGCUCACAACCCAGACCAGACUGGAGCAACCUCGGAGCUCCCUCCCAGGCUUUGGGCUGCAGCAUCUUCCCCUCCAGGAUGGCCCCAGCAGCCAGAGGAGCUGGUGCUGCCCCGCGGCAGGAUGUGGGGGAUGUCACCUGCCCGCUGCUCUUCAUCCAGCUCAACCAGCUCCUCAGCACCCCAGAGGGGCUGGAGUGGAGGGAGAUGGCCAGGUGCAUAAAGUUCGAGGAGAAGGUGGAGGAUGGUGGGGAGCGCUGGAGCUCACCCCAUGUCCCAGCCCUCCCCCUGCACAGCCUCUUCCAGUUGAGGACAUGCCUGCAAAAGGGGAUGGUGCUCCUGGAUCUGGAUGCCGCCAGUUUCAAGGAAAUAAUCGACAAGGUGCUUUCUGGGAAUCCCGAGGAAGCAGAGCUGCAGCCUGCAUUGAGGGAACGCCUGACAGCCCUCCUGCUCCUCCAGCCACGGCACCAGCCCAUGAAAUCCCUGCUGCAGUUCCUCACCGAGCUCACCCUCUCUCCCUGCCGAGGAAAGGCCAAAGGCAGGUCUGAGCCCAGAGCCCAGCUCUCCAAAACACCUCUUAAGGAGCAGCUGAGAAACCGCUUUAGGAAGAAGGUCCCACCGGGAGCUGAAGCUGCCCACGUUGCUGUGGGUGAAGUGGAAUUCCUGGAGAAGCCUGUCACUGCCUUCAUUCGCCUCAGGCACGGGGUGUCCCUCGGCUCACUGGCUGAAGUUGCUCUCCCCAGCAGGUUCCUCUUCAUCCUGCUGGGUCCCCCCAAAGUGAAAGCUUACCACGAGGUUGGCAGGGCCAUGGCCACGCUGCUGAUGGAUGAGCUCUUCCAAAGGGUUGCCUGGCAGGCUGAGCACCGAGAGGACCUCAUCACAGGGAUGGAGGCGUUCCUGGAUGAGCUGAUUGUGCUUCCUCCUGGGAAAUGGGACCCCAGUGCCCGAAUUCCUCCUCCAAGCUCUCUGUCAUCUCCGUGCAGGAGGUGGCUCCAUGGCAAUGGGGACAUGGCAGCACCUGGGGACAGAGCCAGCCCAGGGCACCCACGCUCCGGGGAGGAGCUGGAGAGGACGGGCAGGCUUUUCGGGGGGCUGCUGCGAGACAUCCGCAGGAAGGCACCGUGGUACUGCAGCGACUUCUCCGACGCCCUGCACCCCCAGUGCCUCUCAGCAGUGCUCUACAUCUACCUGGCCACGGUCACCAAUGCCAUCACCUUUGGGGGCAUGCUGGGGGAUGCCACUGCCAACAUGCAGGGGGUGCUGGAGAGCUUCCUGGGCACGGCCUUUGCUGGCUUCAUCUUCUGCCUCUUUUCGGGCCAACCCCUGACCAUCCUGAGCAGCACCGGCCCCGUGCUGGUCUUCGAGCGCCUCCUCUUCUCCUUCAGCCAGGACCACAACCUGGACUACCUGGAGUUCCGCCUCUGGAUCGGGCUCUGGGUGGCCUUUUUCGGCAUGGUGCUGGUGGCCACUGAGGCCAGUCACCUGGUGAGGCACUUCACCCGCUUCACCGAGGAAGGCUUCUGUGCACUCAUCAGCCUGAUAUUCAUCUAUGACUCCCUGAAGAAGAUGCUGAGCCUGGCAGACGCCUUCCCCAUCAACUGGCAGUACCGGCUGGACAACGUCACCUCCUACAGCUGCACCUGCAACUUGUCCAGCCCCGGUCACAGCUCUGCAGGGAAUGACACACUGCUGCCCUCACCCCUGCUCCCCCCACAGCCUCCCGCCACCCCAGAGGGGCUGAGCAGGACUCAGUGCCUGGAUCAAGGCGGGCACCUCCUGGGCACCAGCUGUCAGUACGUGCCCGAUGUCACCCUCAUCUCCUUCCUGCUCUUUGGGGGCACCUUCCUCUCCUGCGCCGCCCUCAAGCGCUUCAGGAGCAGCUGCUACUUCCCUGCGGGCGUGCGGAAGCUGGUGAGCGACUUCGCCAUCAUCCUGGCCAUCCUCGCCUCCUGCGCCGUCGAUGCCACCCUGGGCCUGGAGACCCCCAAGCUCCUUGUUCCCAGCGAGCUGAAGCCCACAAACCCAGCACGGGGCUGGGUCAUCAUCCCCUUUGGAGCCAACCCGUGGUGGGUGUGCCUGGUGUCCGCAGUGCCCGCCGUCCUCGUCACCAUCCUCAUUUUCAUGGACCAGCAGAUCACAGCCGUCAUCCUGAACCGCAGGGAGUACAAGCUGCAGAAAGGAGCAGGCUUCCAUCUGGACCUCCUCUGUGUCUCCCUCCUGAUGGUUGUCACCUCUGUCACCGGCCUCCCCUGGUACGUCUCGGCCACUGUCAUCUCCCUGGCACACAUGGAGAGCCUGAGGAAGGAGAGUGAAACCUCGGCCCCUGGCGAGCACCCCGAGUUCCUGGGCAUCAGGGAGCAGAGGCUGACAGGCCUGGCCGUCUUCAUCCUGAUGGGAGUCUCCGUCUUCAUGGCCCCUGUGCUCAAGCACAUCCCGAUGCCGGUGCUGUACGGGGUGUUCCUGCACAUGGGGGUGGCGGCGCUGAACAGCAUCCAGGUGAGGGGGGGCUGCACUGGGGCUGCUGGUGGGGGCUGCUUUGGGGAUCAGGGGGUUUGCUCAGCACCAGCUCCCACAGCAGAGCUCGGAUUUUAGCUCUGCAAGACGUGCAGCCUGGCACGGGGCUGUGUCCCCUGCCAGGCCCAGGACAAGGAGGGGGAAAAGGACCUUUCUGGGGCAGAGGGAAGGGAAAGGGAGGUGUCUGGGAUGUUGAGGAGCUGGAUUAACUUGUGCACUGAUGGGUCAGGUGGUUUGGGAGAAGCAGAAGGACCAGUGGAUAAUCCAGACUUGCUCUC